CAAAAACAUACUUUUAAGCACAUCUCUAAUAUAUAUAUAUCUAUCUAUAUAUAUAUAUAUAUCAGUUUAUCAAUCAACUGAUGAGCAAUUAGAAGAUGACGCAGCAGCUCUAUGCUACAAACUUCAAGCAGUAAGAGGUGCUCUCUUUUUCUCAUAAGGGCAAAUAAAAAUUGAUAAGAAUGCAAGCAUAGGCGGUAAGUAUUCCGGUACAAAUUCUAAUAUGGCCUUGAGCAGUUGAUUCAUUCAUCUCAAGAUAUGGCAGUGGUCCUAGACUUUUUUGUUAAAAGAUACCUUGGCAGAUUAUCUGAUUUUCUCGAUGGAGAGAUAGGCAAAGUGCUAGAGGUUAAAGAAGAAAUUAAGAAGCUUCAUAGAAAAUUAUCAAGAAUCAGUCCCUAUAUUCAAGAUGCAGAAAAAAGAAGACAUAGAGAUCCUGUGAUCAAUAAUUGGGUAAAGGAAUUAAAAGAUAUCAUGUAUGAUGCAGAAGACAUACUUGAUCUUUGCAUGGUCGAAGGUGGAAGAUUUUUGGAAGCUCAACCAUUUGCUCCUUCAGGAGUAUGCUCUUCGGUCAGUUUGCUUUCAUCUUGCUUUCAGUGUUAUAAGUUCCGCACAAACAUUUGGAAUCAAAUAAAAAGAGUUAAUGAUAGACUUGAUGAAAUAAAAAGAGUUAUACCCAGAUUAGUAGAGCACAGAAAUGAAGGCCUCCAAGAUAACAUAGUAAAAAUGUCAUCUUCUACCUCUCCUACACAUGUGGCCGAGGAUAUUGUAAGUAAACAAAUAAUAGAUGCUGCCCAAAACUUAAUUUCGGAGAUAGAGCAUAACAAAAAAAAGUGUAGUGUGUUUGGAAUUUCUGGGAUGGGUGGAAUAGGCAAGACCACUUUAGCACAAAAAAUAUUCAAUGAUGAAAUGAUGAAAAAGCAGUUUCCUAACAGAGUGUGGUUACAUGUGUCCAAGGAUUACUCUCAGAUUGAGCUACUCAAACAAAUACUAAGAGGUGUAGGAGGACAUGAUGAUGGAGUUCAAAGUAGAGCAGAAGUUGAAGGUAGAAUUAUUCCUCUUCUUUCAGAAAGUUUGCUUCUUGUGCUAGAUGAUAUAUGGAGUGCAAGUGCAUGGGGAGAUUUAAUCAGAAAUCCCAUUUUAAACGGUUCCUGUAGGACUGCUAUCAUAUUUACCACUAGGCAUGAAGAUGUGGCAAGAGAAAUGAGAGCUGAUUUUGUCCACCAUGUCAAGAAAAUGCACGAUGACAGUGGUUGGGAAUUCAUUAGGAAGAUUGUUUUUGGAGAUGGGGAGGAUAUAAUGAUUUCUGAAUUGAAAGAAAUUGGUAUGGAAAUUGUCAAAAAAUGUGAUGGUCUUCCUCUAGCAAUUAAAGUGAUGGCUGGUGUUUUAUUCCACAAGGAAAGGACUAAGAGGGAGUGGAAAAAAAUUGUUGAAAGUGAUUCAUGGUUUAUGAAAGAGACUGAAGAUAAACUAUUGAAGGCUUUAUACUUGAGCUAUGAGGAUUUACCUUGUCACCUUAAACAAUGUUUUCUUAGUUGUGCUUUCUACCGUAGCAUAUCAUAUCGGUGGGACAUAAUCCGAUUGUGGGUGGCUGAAGGGUUUGUGAUUGAACAAUCAAAUAGUUUGAUGGAAGAUACAGCAGAGAACUACUAUGAGGAACUUAUUGCAAGAAACCUUUUGCAAAUUGACUCUAGAUUUUUAGAUGGUAGAGUAUUUGUUAUGCAUGAUGUUUUACGAUCUUUUGGGGAAAAGCUAAUGGAAGAAGAAGGGAUUAUCAUUAAUGAUACACAAUUCACAAGUACAACUUCUUUAACAAAGGUUCGUCGUUUGUCCAUCUCAAAUCAAGGUGAUGUGUUAUUGCUUCCCAAUGUGAUUAUAGAGCAAAAGUGUUUAAGAGCUCUACACCUCUUAAAUUGCUCUCAAAUCAAGCGGAUUGAGGAUCAUGUAUUUGAAAGCUUAAAACGUCUCAGAGUCUUAGAUUUACAUGACACAUCCAUAGAUAGUCUUCCAGAUUCUCUUUUGAAAUUGUUACAUUUAAAAUACUUGAAUCUAUGUGGAACAAAGAUUAGAAAACUUCCUGAAUCCAUUGAGUGUCUUGCAAACCUGCAAACUUUGAACCUGUCAGAGUGUGAAUCACUGCAUGAGCUUCCAAAGGGCAUCACAAGGAUGAGCAAUUUGAGGUGCCUUCAAAUUGUCAGUACUCCGCUCACCCAUGUACCAAAGGGAGUUGGGAAGUUGAAAAAUCUCAACACUUUGGAUGGUUUUUUUGUUGGCCAUUGUGACUCCAUGAGCAAGAUGGAUGGAGGUUGUGACUUGGACGAGUUGCAAUAUUUGUGCAAUCUAAGAUAUUUGUCAAUAUAUAAAUUGGAAAGGGCAAGAACGAUAGGAAGCAGACAUACUGUGCUUGCAAACAAACCAUUUCUUAGGGGAUUGAAACUUGUAUGGACAAUCAAUAUUGAAAACAAUGAGGAGCAAAUCACUGAGGGAGAGAGGAUAUGCAACCAACUCAGUCCUCCAGAGACCCUGAAAGAUCUUUGGAUCGACAAUUUUCCUGGUCGACAGUUUCCAGCCUGGAUGGUGUCAACUCAUGAUUCAUUUGCUGACCUAACAACUUUGUGGCUUUGCAAUUUUCCAUCAUGUAUGGUACUCCCUCCAUUGGGCCAACUACCCAAUCUUAAACACCUACACAUUGAAGGAGGAGAAGCAAUCAGGAGUAUCGGACCUGAAUUCCUCGGCUGCACAACGCCUGCAUUCCCAAAACUUGAGCAUCUAAAAUUCACAAGCAUGCCCAAUUGGGAAUCCUGGGUAUUGCGUGAGGCACAGGAUGUUCAUGCAAGGAACCUCAAUUUGUUUCCGAAUCUGAAACAAUGUUACUUCCUCCACUGUCCAAAGCUGAAAAGUAGCCUCCUUCCCCCAACGAGGUUUUUGAAAAUUAAAAUCUGUCCAAAUUUAGAAUAUGUGGAGAAGGUUGGCAUGCUGCAGUUGCGGAAAUUGGAAGUCAUUUUCCCAUCAGAAAUACAACAGCUUCCCCCAUGGGUAUCAAGCCUAAUUAAUGCGACUUUGCAUAGUUUGCAGACAUUGUACAUGCGAUGCAAUUUAGUCCUGCUUGAUAGUUGCCGUACGGGGAAGCAAAAUUGGCAUACUAUUGAAGAAAUUCCAAAAGUUAUUAUUCAUAGCAUCGAUCGAGAAGCACGCUUAUUGCUAAGUAAGGACGGAUACAAAUACCAAAUAAAAGAUGAGUUUGGAAGUUUCGUCGCCCUUGAUCAACGAGGUUUCAAUGGCUAAUUGUUUUCUCAAUUAUGAUCAAGGUCGCUUGAUUGGAAUUGGUAUAAUUUGACAAAGGCAUGUAUUUCCACUAGAUCUUAUUGGUGUUUGAUGUCGCAUUGCUUUUAUCUAUAUAUAAUUUUAUCCUCGGACUCUAGUAUUGUCUGCAGAUUCGCAUCUCUUUGUCUAAAGCUACUCUUUUGUGGAAAAAGAUUGUUUAUCUUUUUACUUAGAAUAAAUAUAUACUUUGGAUUGUAUAUUUAAACUUGUAAAUUACUUUGGAUUGUAUACUUUGGAUGGUACAUUGUGAGUCUUAAGCUACUUAUUUGUUUUCCCAGUGUAAGUUGUUUGAAUUAUACUGUAUAUUAUAAAUUAUUAUUUGUGUUCUCUGGAUCUACAUCGAAUUGCUGAGAAAUGGAGAUCGACUUAAGUCACUUGUUCAAUGACAGCAUAUG